CACUGUAUAUCAUAUCAUAGUUAAAGACUGAUUAUGUCAAAGAAAAAAGAUAUGGGUUUUGUGAUUACUUUUAUAGGAAUUCUGGGUUUUUGCAUUGGUGUCCCAAUUGGACUUGCUGUUGGGUUUUUCUUCUUCAUAUAUUCUGAGCCUAAAGAUGGUGUGGUGCCAGUUGUUAUACCACUUCAGGAAUUCGAUAGAGAUACUCUGUUGAGUGCUUUACCCUAUAUUCCAAAUUGGGUAAAGAGUCCCGAUCAUGAUCGAGUGGAUUGGCUGAACAAGUUUGUGUUAAAUAUGUGGCCUUACCUAGAUAGGGCAAUCUGCAACAUGAUCAAAAGCAAGGCAAAGCCUAAACAAUUUGACUUCAUAGGAAAAUAUAAGAUAGCCAUUUAUUUAGAGAAUCCAAGUCUUGGAACCCUUCCACCUAUAUUCUAUGGUAUGACAGCAUAUGAGACGAAUGAAAAGCAACUGGUCUUGGAACCAGCUAUUAGAUGGGCAGGAAAUCCCAAUAUAGUGUUUGCUGUCAAGUUUAUGUCAGCAAAAAUCAGGAUUCAACUUGUGGACGUACAAAUAUUCGCUAAUCUUAGGAUACACCUGGAACCCCUUGUUCCAACAUUCCCAUGUUUCGAAAGCUUAGUGGUCUCAUUAUUGGAACAGCCGCAUGUGGAUUUUGGACUAAAAGUUCUUGGAGGAGAUGUCAUGUCUAUACCUGGUCUUUAUCGCUUAAUUCAGGAAACUAUCAAGAAACAAGUUACAAGCCUUUAUCACUGGCCCAAAUCGUAUAAAUUUCCCAUUUUUGAUCAGUCAACAGUUGCCAAGCCUGUUGGCGGCAUAUUAUAUGUAAAAGUUAUCCGGGCAAUGAGGCUUUGGAAGAUAGAUCUUUUAGGAACAUCUGAUCCAUAUGUUAAAUUAAGGUUGAGCAAUGUAAAAAGGACAUUGGGAAAAACAUCUAUCAAGAACAGGACCUUGAAUCCAAAGUGGAAUGAGGAUUUUAAACUAUUCGUCAAGGAUCCUGAAACCCAAGUUCUUGAGCUACAAGUUUAUGACUGGGACAAGUUUGGAGGGGAUGAUUAUAUGGGGAUGCAAGUAGUACCUUUGAAUCAACUAACUCCCCACGAGAAAAAGAUUUUUACCCUCGACUUGCUCAAGAAUUUUGAUGUGAACGAUUCUCCUGAUAAGAAACCAAGGGGGCAGCUUGUAGUCGAGCUCACUUUUGAUCCUUUCAAGUUGGGGAGACAGGGGAGUGACAGCAUAGAUAGAUCUUUAUCUGAUGCCCCAAUUAUUUGUGAAAGUGGAGCACUUUUGGUUAACGUCAUAUCAGCGAAAGAUGUAGAGGGAGAGCAGCACACCAACGCUUAUGCUCAGAUUGUGUACAGAGGUGAAAUAAAGAAAACAAGGACUAUCAAGAGAAAUUGGAAUCCAUGGUGGGAUGAACACUUUACAUAUAUAGUUGAUGAGCCACUUUUGCAUGAAAAGUUGUACAUCAAAAUUUUCAGCGAAAGUAGAACUUGUGGUUUUACAAGAAAAGAUUCAGCUGGGUUUGUGGAGAUCAGUCUGGCUGAUGUAGUGAACAAUGGACGUGUCAAUGAGAUAUACGAUCUGAUUGAUUCUGAGUAUGGAAUUGUCCAUGUUAAGUUGGUGUGGCAGACGAUAUGAUUUCAAAAAAUCUACUCGAACAACAAACGUUAUCGUACAUACAUUUUGCCUUGUUUGGCCAUGGAAUCUCGACAACCUCAACAAAAAGAUGGUGAAGUAAAGAUUUCAAUAAAAUCAUCCAAGUCUCGACAGGAUUAUCCAAUCCCAAGAUUUCCCGAGGUUGAAUUUUUUGUCCAUUGAUUAAUUUGUUACAAGCGAAAAUAAAGUAUUUGGAGCUGUACAUCAUAUUCCAUUGAUACAUGGUACUGCACAACUGAUUAAUUGAUUUCACUACUAGACAACCAGUAGUUAAACUGAAGGCAUUGACAAGGGAGUGAGGUUUGCUUUCAACAUUACAAGUCCAGAUUGUUACUACUUACUAGUCUAUAAAACUGAUUUAUACAAAGUGUGUUAAAACUGAUUUAUACAAAGUGUGUUAAAACUGAUUCCAGACACUGGGGCAAUGGGGGAGAAUUUAAACUGUGCUUUGUAUCCGAGGGCGGUGCAGUCAGGCCAUGUGUUCCGCCUUCAGACAGUGGUGCAACUGAAUAUGUAUGGAGUAUUCAUAUGUUUAAUGUGAGAUGUUUUACACAAAUAUAAGCCGCGGGGUUAUACUCAAAUUCAACUGCAUUAAAUAUUUUGUCGCAGAGCACAAUGUAUAACAGUUGCUCAACUACUGUUGUAUUGUCAAAAUCUCAAAAUCCAUUCUUCCUAAAUUCAGUUUUUUUCAAUUUUUGUAGUCAGAACACAAUUUUUUUCUGAUGUAUGUAUGGGAUGAACACUAUACUUUUAUACUCCAUCCCUAAUUUUUUUUUUAAAAAAAAACAAAUAAAAAACACAGAGAUUCAAAAUUGUAGAUUCAACAUUUCCAAAUAAGAGUAAUUAUAAUAACCAAUCCUCAACAAAACAUAGGUUUGAUAACAAAAAC